CAGCAUUCCCUUGCAAGUGUGCUGCUCAGUUUUCAAUGUCUUUAUCUGUCUAGGCCCCGUUUCUCGCAGUUGUUCCCUUGCAAGUAGCGCAAGCGGAUGUUUUUCCCCCUUUCAAAGCAUUGCAUGAGUCACUUACACCUGUUGUUUUUCGCGCGCCUAGUCUACAGGUAAUAGAUUGUAGUCGCCUACCUGACUAAUAACUGUAUCCGCCCCGAGCGGCUAAUCCGUACGAUGCGCCUCGUCACAGCCCACAAUGAUCAAUCUAGCACCUGAGGUACCCGUCUAGAUCUCUAUCUGAGGUGUGGUUCCUUCCGUCUUGGGUAUCCGUCCGGGGUUGACGACUUGGGACUUCCGGGAGGCCCUGUCGAUGGCUCGGGUGCUCUACACCAAAACGGAGCAGAAAUGUCUCCGAGUUACACCGCGUACUACACCUUGGCGCCCCGUUGAACGCAAAAAAAACCUAGGCGCAAUUGUGAAGUCCGAUUUCCCUGGCGCACACAACUUUAACCAUGACUUGACGCAUACCAAAGUCCUGCCCCGUUCAAUCUUGUAUAAAGCAAAUCUCGUCGCCACGCUCUGCUUCUUGAUACUAGAGGGUCUAGUCUGCCUAUCCACCUCCAACUCACACAUCUUCCCAACGUUUCGAAACGAAUCAGAAACUCGGAAGAGCUACAUCCUAGCAUAACUGCAAGGGGGACCAGAAACCCUUAAUACGACCUACCGCUGUCUUCAAAGCUACCUUACCAAGCUCCCGGAGCUAUAGAAGCUUCGUAACGCAACUUCCCUAUCUUACCUCGCACACCAACAUACUACCGCAAGUCUCAACAGACACGCGAUAAUGCCUACCCUCGUCGUUCUUGGUGCUGGCCUUGCCGGCCUGCCCAUUGCACACCAUGCAUUGAAGCAUACAGUGCCGCUGGUAAAGGACCUGAAGGUCAUCUUGGUGACGCCCAACUCUGAGCACUACUGGAACCUCGCUUCCGUCCGCGGCGUUGUGCCUGGCCAAUUUGGCGACGACGUGCUCUUCCACCCCAUUGAGCCGUCAUUCGCAAAGUACCCCAAGGAAAGCUACGAGGUCAUCAUCGGUAAGGCCGAGCAGCUCAACGACGACAAGAACACCGUCGACGUAGUGGUGAACGACGGCAGCCGCAGGUCCAUCGCCUACGACGCCGUCGUCAUCGCGACCGGAACCCGCGCCAAGGAGAGCAUGCCGUGGAAGGAGGUCGGUACGACGGAGGAGACCAAGAAGGCUCUCGGCGACAUCCGCCGGCAGCUCUCCGACGCCAAGAGCAUCGUCGUCGCUGGCGGCGGCGUCACGGGCACCGAGACGGUGGGCGAGAUCGGCUUCGAGUACUCGCAGAAGCGCAGCAAGGACGUCUACUUUAUCUACAAUGACGAGCUGCCCCUCGGCCCUCCCUUCACCGACAGCGUGCGCAAGGCGGCGCUCAACGAGCUGCAGAAGCUCAAUAUCAAGACGAUCCACAACACGAAGGUUACGAGCGUGAAGACCGAUGCCAACGGCCAAAAGACGCUCGAGCUCACGGACAAGAGCGGCAAGAAGACGACGCUGCAGACGGACGCGUACCUGCCGACCGUCGGCGCCAUCCCCAACACCGCCUUCUUGCCGUCCAACAUGCUCGACCCGCCCGGGUACGUCAAGCAGGACAAGAGCCUGCGCGCGGUCGGCCACGACAACAUCUUUGUGGUGGGCGACGUCGGCAACCUCGAGGGCGGGUACGGGCGGCUGGCGGACCUGCAGGUGCAGCACGUGGUGAAGAGCAUCCAGGCUCACUUCACGGGCGCGCCGAGGCCGACGCCGUACGUCGUCGACCCCAAGGUCGUGGCCGGCAUCACGCUUGGACGGAGCAGGGCUACCGGCCAGAUGGGAACGUGGAGGUUGCCCAGCAUCAUCAUCUGGGCGUUCAAGGGCCGGUAUAUCGGCACUGACUACGCCAAGGAUUACGCAGCGGGAUCAAGAACCAUGACGGUCACCAAAAACUGGUAGAGAGAAAGAGAUUGUGUGUGCAGAGACAAAGAGAGAGAGAGAGAGAGUGUGUGAAUAAGAGAGUAGAUGCAUAAGGUACUUGGGUGUUCAGGCGCUUGGGGUCAUGGAAGGGGGGAAAACACUUCGUAAUGUAGGGCUGGCAGGCUGCUUGAGCGAGUCGAGCCCGUGGAGUCCAACAAUCUUGGCUUUUGAUGUUUUCGGUGUCAUUCCGCGUGGCAAUGGAGUUUCCUAGUUUCUCUGGUAUGAUGGUUUUCCUCGACUGGUUAGACUAGACGGGAUUGAAUGAUAAUCUUAUUCCU